AAGCGGAAACACAGUCCGCACCGGUUGGUUAGUUCGCCACGUCUGAAUUAUUAUCAGUAAUUUCAUUUCUAAAGCUCUGAAGAGUAAUUGCUCCAUUUUGUAGCAUUAUUGUAAUAAAGAAGUCCGUUUGAGUGACAUUGAACAAUGGUGUCUGUAAUAAACACAGUGGACACGUCACAUGAGGACAUGAUUCAUGAUGCGCAGAUGGAUUACUACGGGACCAGACUGGCCACCUGCUCCUCUGAUCGCUCUCUGAAGAUCUUUGAUGUCAAAAACGGAGGACAGAUCCUUGUGGCUGAUCUGAGGGGUCAUGAGGGUCCAGUGUGGCAGGUGGCAUGGGCUCAUCCCAUGUAUGGCAACAUCCUGGCAUCCUGCUCAUAUGAUAGGAAGGUGAUCAUCUGGAAAGAGGAGAACGGCACCUGGGAUAAGAUGUAUGAAUACACUGGCCAUGAUUCCUCUGUGAAUUCUGUAUGCUGGGGUCCAUAUGACUUUGGUUUGAUCCUGGCCUGUGGCAGCUCAGAUGGUGCGAUUUCAGUGUUGACCUGUUCUGGUGAUGGACACUGGGACAUUAAGAAGAUCAACAAUGCACAUACAAUUGGCUGUAAUGCAGUGAGUUGGGCCCCAGCUGUUGUUCCAGGGAGUCUGAUUGAGCAGCCAACAGGACAGAAGCCAAACUACAUCAAGAGAUUUGUGUCUGGAGGCUGUGACAAUCUGGUCAAGCUGUGGAAAGAGGAGGACGGCCAAUGGAAAGAGGACCAGAAGCUGGAGGCACACAGUGAUUGGGUGAGAGAUGUUGGCUGGGCUCCUUCCAUUGGUCUGCCCACCAGCACAAUCGCUAGCUGCUCGCAGGACGGCCGUGUGUUUAUCUGGACAUGUGACGACCCAACGGGCAAUACCUGGACAGCCAAACUUCUCCACAAAUUCAAUGACGUGGUGUGGCACGUGAGCUGGUCCAUCACUGGAAACAUCCUGGCUGUGUCUGGCGGGGACAACAAAGUGACCCUUUGGAAAGAGUCUGUUGAUGGACAGUGGGCGUGUAUCAGUGAUGUCAACAAAGGCCAGGGGGCCGUAUCCUCCAUCACAGACACCCAACAGAGCGAGCAGUGAAGCCCGUCUCGCACGUUCUUCCAUAGCGACCAGACAUCCAGGACAGAGGACCUCCAAUCAGCAAAGGUUGACCGCUGUACCCUCAAAGACUUUUGUUGAAAGUUGAAGUGCAUCUCACUCCCAAGGAUUUCCAGGCUGCGAACCAAAAUUAAAUUCUGUUUUGUUGUUUGUUUA